AAGAGAAGUGUAAACAAUUACACUAAGCGCCUAGUAUGAUGCGAGUGCUACGCAAGCAAUAAGUGUCUUCUCAGUAUGCAUUUAAGAAGUAAAGUGGGAUGGGAUUUAAAUGACUUCUGAUGUACGAAAUUUCUCUUGCUCAAACAACCCACAGAACCCCAUUGCAAAUCAUCGAACCAGCAUACCUCCGGAGUUGAAAACGAUUUCAAGAUUAAAUACAAGUGGCAACUCAUUUGUAUCCAGUACAGAAGAUCAACUACGUACUCAUCAGCAAACCUUAGAACACUGGCUUUUGAAUGCUGUGAUCCAUACAUUUGCUAAAUUCUCAUCAAGUCAUAAGUCAUUGGAAUUAUUGACUAAAUUUAUUGGCCUUCCUACAUCACUUGCUUGCGCACUGAGUUAUUAUAUUCCAGAAAGUUUAAAAGCUUUAUCAACUGACGGUAAAUUAAAUCAAGUUUACUUAGAUCAUUAUUUAUCAUUGCUCAAUUUAUUGGAAACAAAUACACUUAAUAUUGAUACAAUCAAUUCUAAUUUUCAACAUGAUCUAUUCAAAGAUGAUAUUGAAAAUGUUCAAUAUAUUCAUAAUUUAAUUCAACAAUUAUUUAAAACAAAUAAAUUAUUGGAUGAAUUCAAUGCAUUAUUUACAUCUAUUACACAAUUAUUAAAUCUUUAUCUUAAAAAAUCUUCAAAUGAAAGAAUUGGAUUUGAAAAAUAUGAUGAUUUAUGUCUUGUGAUUAAUAUUUAUCAAUUGAUUUAUAACAUAUCUACUAAUACUAUUGUUACUAAUAGUAGUCAUUGUUAUCAUUCUAAUUCAACUAUCAUCUCAUCUAGUACUGGUGUCAACGUUGCUAUUACUACUAGUGGAUUAACAUUAACAACAAAUCCUAUUCAAAGUGAUAUUGUACAAUCAAAUUAUAAUUCAAAAAUACAAAACGGAGUUUUACGCAAUUUAGUUCGUGCAUCUGGCACUGUUGCUAAACCUGCAAUACCAGCCCAUCCAAGCAAUCAACCUAUUCCUGUUGUAAAUCAAUCUACUGUAGAUCAAUUAGUUAGCUCGCCUAUUAGUUUAGUGAGUCAUACAGAAACUAUGAUUGAUGAUAAUAGUAUUACCACUGCUGCUGCUGCUACCACUAUUAGUAAUAUGAAAUCUGAUGUAGAUACACAUUCCAUUGAUUUUGAUAAAUUAAAAUCUAAUAAUAAUGUUGACAAUUCUUUGAUUUCUAGUAAUAAUACUACUAAAAAUGUCUACAAUGUAACCAAUGAUGGAACUAAUGAUUUAUUAACUGAUAUUGCUCGUGUUGCAUUCGAUCGUAGUCAUUCCACACCAUGUAAAACUGUUAUUAACAAUGAGGAUAAAUUAUUACAACAACAACAACAACAGCAAAUAAACACUUCAACGAAUGGUCAUUAUUAUCUAAAUAAGAAAUAUUCUAAAUUAGACGUUGAUAGUAACCCUGUUAAUCAAUCUACUGCAACAAAAGAAAUAACUACAAUAUCUGACACCACUACUAAUGCUAUUGUUGACGAUGAUAUCCAAUCAUUUAAGCGUAGCUCCCUAUAUGUCACAUUUAAUAAGCGCCCAUCUCCUUGUCUUUCAAGUAAACUGCCAUCGAUUGGCAGUCUGUCACAACCAAAUAAUCCAUUAAAGCGUCUUGGGACAAAGUCACCUCGAGUGAAUUCUGUCACUAAUGUUAAUCUUUCACAAGUUACUCUGCCUUCAUUACGAUCAGAGUUUGAAAAGCGUAAACGUUCAAUGUCCACUGUGACGGCUGCAGAUGUAGAUCAAAUUUCAAAAAUCCAUGAUGAUUUACCUCUAGGAACGAAAACUUGGAAAGAUUCUGGGGCAGCACGUUCUCAUACACAUAAAAUUAAUGAUGCUGUUAACACUGAAGACAAUAUCAUUUCAUCUAGUAGUACUAAAUCUGAUCAAGAGGCUACAAUGGUUGGACGUGCAGCAGCUUUAAGACUAUCAUUAGACCAACGAAGACGAGCUAUUGAAGUAUCCAGACAACGUGAACGUCUAGCUAGCACCAAAGCUGCUGCUGAAAGAAAUAAUGCAGCAUUUGUUAAACUUCUUCAAAAACAGUUCCAUCAGCGUCAAAGUAUUUCAAGUGGACAGUCUCAAUUAUCGAAUGGUGGUACAGUAUCGGAGAAUGAAAAUUCAUCUAGUUCUUUGCCCAUCAAAUUAAAAGAAUCAGAAAAAUACAAUUUUAGUUGCAUUGAUUCAGAAGGUGCUCAUUUCACAACGGAUAAAGAUGAAAUGACAGUAUCUGGUUCUAAUGUUGAACAUGCUACGGACUUAGAUGAAGAUUUCUCAAUGAAUUCUUCAUCCACAAUGCCAAAUAUUAGUGAGCCUUCACAAGAUUCUACUGUAUUUAUGAAAACCAGUGAUACGAUUGGAUUGGUUGACAAUACCACUAACAUAUUCGCAAAUGAUUCAAAAACAUCAAUCCCUCCUUGUUCUAAAUCUCCACAGAUAUAUCACGAUAGAACUCAGUCGAAUAAUCAUUCUGAUCUGACUGUCGAGCCUACUACUGUUCAUAUAAACAAUCAUUGUGAUCCACCUUAUCAGGAAUUCGACCAAAAUGCAUCUGUAACAAAUCGGCGAUCGGAUAGUGGAGAAUCAAACUAUGCUACAUCUAGUGUUUCUUAUCCUCAUAUGAUCACUUUAGAUCCAUCCAAACCUUAUCAAACAUUACCUCAUCAGCAUAAACGUGAUUCUAAAAGACCAAAGUCUAGAUUUAGUGAAAGAGAGUCUACUCCUCAACCUGAGUUAUUUACAGAAGUUAAUUAUCACUAUGCUCCUCCUCAAUAUUCUCAAACUCAUAAAGGGUCGAGACAGCGAGGUUAUGCAGAUAAAACGUAUCCAGGAUUUCUGGCAUCAUCAACUAGUGAUUAUAAUGAACAUGGUUUUGUUUUAGCUGAUUCAUUUCAUGGUGUUCAGUCUCCUUCUUUUAGACAUCGCCAUACCAACCAUAAAAAUUAUCCUUAUGAUAUUCCUUCACAAAGUCCUGUUGAUGAGCGACCACUUCCCCACAAACAUAUAUCUCAACGGUAUCAUCGCUCUCAUAAUGUGCCGAAUCCAAUGAUGCUCAGCAGCAGUUAUCGUGAAUGUAGCUCAAAUGAAGCAAGUUCAGAAACGGAUGAUGAUGACGAAGAUGAUUACUCCACCCGAACAUAUGAUGAUCAUUCUUAUCCAUAUAUCAAUCGAAUGUCUUAUUCUGGUCGAUUCUCUCAUCGAUCAUUAUCUAGAUUGCCGAAAUCCCAUUCAAAAAACAGAUAUAGAUCGAAUGGUCGUAAAUCAUCAGAAUAUGGAUAUGAAUUAGGUGAAUCAGAGAGUAGAACUCAUUCUCCAGCUCCUUCUUACGCUUCAUCUCGCGGAGUGGUCAGUUCACGUGGACAUAAAGUUGAUAUAAAUUCAAUAGGUGGUGGAAAUAAUCGCCCAUCUGUUACAUCUGUUGUCGAUCCCGUCACAUUAGAUCAAAUUAAUCGGAAUAUGUCUGAUUUACGUUCGGAUUUUGAACGUCUUUCUAUGCAACAACAAGUGCUGUUAGCUUCAUCAUCUGCGACAACAGCAGCUGCUUUAAUGGCAAGUAGUUUUCAACAGCAACACCAACAAUAUCAACCACAACAAUCAUCAUCAACACCACUGACAAUAAGUCAAUUAUCUCAUACACAAGCAUUAUCCACAUCCAUAUCUAAUAUAUCUACAACACGUGCUACAUGGAGUGAUAGACCUAUUGUUCGUGAUUUAAUUGUACAACAUAAUGUUCAUUCAUCAACAGAUAAUAAUCAUUCAGUAACAGUAGAUGAUUUUGUUGAACAUAAUCAAAUUAAUACAGAUGAACCAGUUGUUAUCAAAGCUGAUAGUCAUAAUAUGGUUGCUUUCAAUGAACCUUCCUACAGUGGUAAACCUCAAGAGUGUUCAAUGUCUGCUAAUAAUGUCACCGACUUAUCGAACUCAUCAACUGCACCAUUAAAUCCUUCACCUGUAGAAAAUAGUCAGAAACAUAUGAAGUCUCCUGUAGUCAAAGCCCCAAAUGUCAGUCCAGAAGGAAAACUUUUCUUUAUUGGCUUCGAAGAACCAGAUCCAGAGCGAAUGCAGCGUACCAAGGAUAGAUUAGAAGCUCGUCGAGCUACAGAGAGAGCUAUGGUUGCUGAACAACUGGAAGCAUUACGUACUACUGGCCGUAAAGAGAAAGAAGCAGCUGACCGUGCACAAUUUGAACGGAAACUAAAUGAGAAAGAAAGACGUGAAGCUGUACUACAAGCACAUUUAUCCAAGAAAGAAGCUGCUUUAUCACCAAGUUGUCGCACUACUAAUAAUAGUAAUAAUCCAUACCCUGUAAGGUCUGGUUCAUCAACACUUUCUAAAUCUGAAGCUAAUUUAUCUUCAACUGUUCCUAAACAUAGUUCAACUAAACGAUUAUCCGCUACUCCUAAACGUGACAGAAAUGGAUUAGUCGCUGCUUCAUUGGACAACUUUCCAUCAUCAAAACCUAAUUCUCGUUUGAAUUCUGCUAAAUCUAAACCACAUCCAUCGGCCAUUACACGUGGUAGUGGUGAUGGUGAAGCUGUGGAACCAAAUACUGAACCUGACUGUGAUAGCUCUUCUUUCCGUGAGACAAAAGCUCGUGUAACUCAUAAUCGUCCUGUCAAUGGUAGGUCUGUUGUUAAUAAUCUGGCUGGUCGUAAUCCACUUCCUUCUGGAAUUAGUUUGUCAUCAUUACAUCGACUUGGCGCUUUAGAAUCUCCAUCUAGUGGUCCUGGUGUACCCGUUCAAUGUUUAAAUCAGCCACGUUUAUUUGUGAAACCCAAAGCGAAAUCCAAUCGAACUGUAGUAGUUAAUGCAAUUAGUCACUGUUGUUUAGCUGGAACUGUCAAUGAACCAACCAAACAGCUUGCUCUUAAAGAGUUGGCUGCCACUGAAGGUACACAUUUUAUGAUAUUGUUUCGUGAUUCUCGAUGUCAGUAUCGAGCUGUGUAUUCCUUCGAUUUAGAAUCAGAAGAAUUAAAAAUUAUUUGUGGCAAUGGGCCAAGACGAAUUACACACGAAAUGGUCAAUCGAUUUUUUAAAUAUAAUAGUGGUUCAAAACAAUUCACUGAAAUCACUUCUACGAAACAUUUAAGUCCUGUUGUAGACGCUAUAACAAUUCAUGAUGCUCUAUGGAGUAAAUCAUCCGGUGGCGGUACACAUACAAUUUUAUCAAGUCAUUGUACCUGAAUGAAUGCUCAUAGUCUGAUAUUAAUUUUUUCUUAUAAACAAUAAGAGAUAAAGAGCGAUAACGUGUAUGUUUAUGUGUGUGUAUGUGUGAUAACUUUAUAUUUCUCAUUAUUCAAUUAUUUCCCAUAAAAUUAAUUUUGGUUCUGGCACUUACUGUAAUUCAUACUGAAAUGUUUACUUGUUUAUGCGUGUGUGUGUGUGUGUGUAUGUGUGUUCAUUACUUUGUCUAUAAUGUAUUCUGACGAUAGAAAAAUUAAAAAGAAACUAAAACAUGGACUAGGAAUACUUGUCAAAUUUUAUGUUCAAUUUUUAUCAGAUAAAUAUUUUUUCCUUCUAUUAUUUCCUAUUGAUUAUUAAAUAUAAUUUCUCACUGUUAUUCCCAUGGAAUAUAUAUAUAUAUAUGCUUAUAUUUAAGAGAAGUCCUGUAUCAUUAUUCAUUCAUUCAUUCAAAUAAAUUAUUCACUGUUUAUUAGACUGAUAUUACUUAUUGAUCAAUGAAUAAUUUAACUAGAC